UGUUGCGUUGGCCUGUUUUACCUUCUGCUUGAAAAUGAAAUAAGAAAGACGUAAAACACCACUUUAACAUUUGAAACACACGCAUCAAGUGGAUUUCGUAUUUUGAGCGUAUUUAAAUGUUCAUAAUUAUUGUUGUUCAAAGACGUUUUAAUCUAAACGUUUAAUUAUACUUUUAAGAUAUUCUGAGAAAAAUAUUAAUCCAAAGCAAAAUAUAAUGGGGAAUGCCGUGAAAUUUUUCUGUCUUUUAUCGUUAUUUGUUUUAAUGGUGGAUACAAAAAGGAGAGACAGAUUUGAUAUCAUCGAAAAAAGAAUUGGUGUAAUUGAAACACGAUUAAAUUCUGACAACGACUUGGCAGAGGAAUUGAUAUGGUCAUUACAACAAAAUUUUGAGGAAUUUAAUAAUUCUAUGAUCAAUCUAAAGGAUCAAAUGUGUCCCAAAGCAGAUCAACGGUCGGUACAAAAGGAACAAACUAAUUCUGAAAAAAGUGUUGAAAUUCUAAGGUCAAGCCGAUUACUAGUGUCGUUAGGACUUAAAAAGGAGAAACAGUGGACAAGGGAUAAAGUGGAAAACCUUACUACUCAGAUGGGCGAACAUUCCGAUCUGUUAGACAGACAGUUUUUAGACCUAACUACUCAAAUAGGUGAACAUACCGAUCGGUUGGACAGACAGUUUUUAGACCUGAAAAAUCAGAUUAAUUUACACACUGACGAGUUAACGAGGAAUUACUCGAAGCUUAGAGCUGACAUUAUUGACAAAAUUGAAGGAGAGAAACAAUGGAAAAGAGAUCAAGUGAAAAAACUUACCAGUCAAGUGAAUGAACAAACUGAUCAGCUAACCAAUACCUUUUCAAAACUCAGAACUGAAUUAAUAGCUUCGAAAGAAGAAAUGGAAUCCAAACUAAAUGUUAGCAAAAUAGAGAUGUUGAUUAGUGAACAACUGAAGGAAAUUGAAACUAUAAAGGAAACUCAAACUAAAAUUGUAAAUACUUUAACUUCCUACACAUGUCCACCGGACUGGACAAAAUAUUCAUCGUAUUGUUAUUUGUAUGUUAAUAAGAAGAAAACGUUCAUUGAAGCUCGUGCCCAUUGUAAGCUUCUAGGAGCAACCGUGUCUGACAUUGAAAAUGAAGCUGAAAAUACUUUUAUCACAGGUUUAGCUGCUAGAUCAUGGACUUGGGUUGGUAUUUUUAAUGAGGAGGGAGAGGGUCAUCUAAUUUCAGAAAGAACGGGUCAACCUGUAUCUUACACAAACUUCGACAAUAUUCGUGUUGUUGGGUACAAUUGUGUUGCGAUAAACGGAUAUUAUCCAAAAGGUACCUGGCGUGAAAUUUGGUGUAGGAAAAGAGUGAAAUUCAUCUGUAAAAAAGAUGUCAUGAUAGAUUUCAAGUCUGUUUGAUUCAAGGAUUUCAUUUCUUGGUGGAAGGUUUCAGGAAGUACCAUGCGCCAGUCUAGAUCCCAGUUGAUAUUUGGUUUAUUUUAUAGUGCUUACACAAAUUAAAACUGCAGAAAAAGUCCAAAGGCUAAUGUAUUAUUUUUGUGCUAAAUUUAGUUGGAUAGUAUUGAUAUUGAAAGUUUUAGCCACCAAAUGCCUGUACGGGAUAUGCUGUGUUGAGAAUUUAGUCUUAGAUGUGAUGGAUUUACUAUAGGAUAUAUAGUACGAAAAUUCAAUCGACUUAGGAUCUCGUGGCCACGACAUAGUAUCUCGUUCCCACGACUUAACUAUCUCGUGGCCACGACUUAGUAACUUGUGGUCACAAAAUAAUAUCUCAUGCGCACGAGAUAAAUAAAAACACACACACAUGUGUGUCACCAUAAAAUUAGGCAUCUCUUGAUAUUUGUUUAAUGUAGAUAAAACAAAAUUUAUCAUUCAAGAUAAAGAAAUAUAUAUUUUCAUUUUU